AUGGACUUGUUCCGCGUCAGGUUGAACUGCAUCGACAGUUACCAGGCGACGCCCACUUCAUACGACCCGCAACUUCGCAAUGACAUCCGACCUUCGCAGGCGGCCAGAGGGCCCAAAGUUCCCGUCAUUCGAAUAUUCGGUUCAACAGAGACGGGGCAAAAAGUCUGUGUGCAUGUUCAUGGAGCCUUUCCAUAUUUGUUUAUUGAAUAUGAAGGCGGCCUUUCCCAAGAUGAAGUCGGAUCCUUUAUUUUCAAACUGCAUCUCUCAAUUGAUCAUGCUCUAUCUGUGAGUUUUCGACGAGAUGAGCAAGGUCUCAAUUCGAGAUUCGUCGCCCGCAUUACCCUUGUAAAGGGUGUACCAUUCUAUGGCUACCAUGUCGGAUAUCGGUUCUUUCUCAAGAUUUAUAUGUAUAAUCCGAUGGUGAUGACGCGCUUGACUGAUUUACUUCAACAAGGUGCUAUUUUGAAACAAAAAUUUCAGCCUUAUGAAGCUCAUCUGCAAUACCUUUCGCAGUUCAUGAUCGACUACAACUUGUUUGGCUGCGACUAUUUGGAUGCAUCGCAGACGGCAUUCCGUGCACCAGUGCCUGCUCACAAUGACGGCUCAAAUUCAUCGCAUCUGUGGCAUGAUCUGUCUAUACCUCCAGGUCGCAUAACUGAUGAUCAUUCACUACCCCGUGUAAGCCGCUGUUCUAUCGAAGUGGACAUAUGCGUGCAGGACAUUAUCAACCGGACGCUGGUGCAAGAACGGCAACUCCACCAUCGCUUUGUCGAGCUCUCAGAGCCGUUACCCAGCGACAUGAAACUCGUCCAUAGCAUGGCAGGAUUAUGGAAAGACGAAACAGCACGGCGACGACGGCGUAUGCCACGGCUCAAACCUGGUAGCACGCCAUUUCCUCCCGAAGCUCUGGUGCCAAUGUCUGCGGAACCGCGAGGUUCAUUGUCUCAAGCCUGGCUUCACGAGGACGAAUACAAGAUGAAGAUUGAAGAGCUUGUCGUCGCAGAUCGCGAAAGUAUCGGUUCUGCGGUACCUUCAUUUGAGGAAUUUGUGCGGCCAGAUCCAUUUGAAGUGACUGUCAAAACAGUCCUGCAAUCUGUGGAAGAUCUGCAUCCUUCAAGCCUCGUACCAGCACUUGGUCUUCCGUCCGCAGCUUUAGAAAGCAAAAUUAAUCCGGCCAGCAGCAUUGAGGUUGAUGAACAGAAAGCGCGGCAAGUCAAUGCUGCCAGUGAAUCUUUCUACUUUCCAGAAUCAGAUGACGAAGCUUUGCAUCAACUGAUGGGAGGCGACGAGGACGAUUCCGACUCAGAUACGUCCCUCCUAGAUUCGGCAAUUUUGGAGGGAAAGCCAUUGGAAGAGUUGAUACCGGGAGUCUGUGUGAGCGGCUGCAAAACGGGCCUUCUCCCUGAAAUGGCCGUAUCAGCCACUAUUAUAAAUGCUGCAGAAAAUGGCGGGUUCAUUGGAAGGUCUAGAUACCACAAUCUACCGCCGACUCGGGGAAGAGAAUUGAAACGUGCUGGUUCUGGAUUAUGGUCUGACAUGGUUUCGAAAAAACCCAAACAAGAGGAUGCGACUCCGCCAAAGAUCAAGAUGAAGCGAGGCGCCCGAGAGCGCAGAGCUACGUUCAAUUUGCCGUCCUCGCCUACACCGAAACAUGCAGACGGAUCAACUACGCCAAAUGGUACACUCAACUUUGCGAUAAUCAAGAACCAGAAUGACCCUCAUACCAGACUGCGUUUGAGCCAAAGAAGCAAACCAUCGGCUUCACAGGCGAGCGAUAGUGGCUUGCCUGUAAAGUAUCAACAAGACCUGUCCACUUUCACCUCGUCUGGCGGCCACGGAUUUACGUUUCCAUCCUCACAGCCAUUUUCCCUGUCACAAGCCAGCCUGCUCAACUCUACCGUCAGCAAUGGCGUGGAUAAGAUCCCACAUGCCAUCGCCGAGACAUCGUCGCGGCCAACUGUAAUAUAUGCCACUCUCCCACCACCACCAAACGACGCAGACUCGCUGGCACAGUUUCGCUUGCCUGAUCAGCUUUAUCAGAGCCCGUUUUACAGUGAUGAAAGGGAUGUCCCUGCUAGAAGCAGAGAGUUCGCAGGCCGGGAAUUUCGUUUGACUGGUAAUUCGCUACCGUAUCUGCCGGCCUUUGAAUUUGGCGAUGGUAGCAAUGGAGCUUUGGAGAUAACCUCCAUUCCCUCCGGUCUAGCUCUGGAGAGACAAAGAAGGAAUUGCAGCUUGCGAACUUGGGAGAUUGGUACCCCUCCACCAACGUUUGCCGAGAUCACACGUUGGCUUGAUGAGAAAGACAGGACUGCAAAUUCGCAAAAUUUUGUCCAGCGUCGCAGCAAGUAUCUGUCUCAAAUUGACGGCCCGACGCCAAAGAAUAAACACGGUUUCAAGUACACGCAGCAACGCAAGUCCACCAACGUUCAGCACGAAGUGCAAUACAUGAGCACAAUGUGUCUCGAGGUUCAUGUCAACACGCGAGCGAAGUUGGUGCCAAACCCUGAAGAAGACGAAGUGCAGUGUAUAUUUUGGUGCUGCAAGGGCGACGAAGUCACGUAUGCCUCGCAGAAUGACGGCGACGGUACCAUUUCUGGCCUUAUUGUGCUGGGAUCUGGCGGUGACGUAGCAAGACGCCUCCGCAAAACUUGCAAAGCUGAAGUCAUCGAGGAGGAUUCGGAAUUAAACCUCCUUGUGCGUCUCGGUGACGUGGUCAAGGAACUAGAUCCCGACAUAUUGACGGGAUAUGAAGUUCAUGGUGGAUCCUGGGGCUUUUUGAUGGAGAGAGCAAGACUCAAAUAUGACUAUGAUCUGUGCAACGAGCUUUCCAGAGUUAAUGCCCAAUCACAUGGUAGGUUCGGCAAGCAGAGCGAUCGCUGGGGCUUCAACACCACAUCGACAAUCCGUGUGACGGGCCGCCAUAUGAUCAACAUCUGGCGAGCAAUGCGCGGGGAGCUUAAUCUUCUGCAAUACACCCUGGAGAAUGUUGCCUGGCAUUUGCUUCACCGGCGUGUACCUCAUUACUCGUACAAGACGUUGACAGCGUGGUAUAAGAGCGGCAAGCCUAGCGAUCUCUCAAAGCUACUUCGCUAUUUCCAGAGUCGCACCAAGAUCGAUCUACAGAUUCUCGAGGCGAACGAGCUGAUUCCUAGGACCAGCGAGCAAGCGAGACUUCUCGGCGUUGACUUCUUCUCUGUAUUCUCCCGCGGCUCGCAGUUCAAAGUGGAGUCGAUCAUGUUUCGCAUCGCAAAGCCGGAGAAUUUCCUGCUGAUAUCGCCGAGCAAGAAGCAGGUUGGCGGCCAGAAUGCAUUGGAAUGCCUGCCACUUGUUAUGGAGCCACAGAGCGCCCUCUAUAGCAGCCCGGUACUCGUGCUGGAUUUCCAGAGCCUGUAUCCCAGCGUCAUGAUUGCCUACAAUUACUGUUACUCGACCUUUUUGGGCCGCAUCGUCAACUGGUGCGGAACAAGUAAGAUGGGCUUCACGGAGUAUAAGCGCCAGGCUGGACUCAUGGCUCUGCUGAAAGACUACAUCAACAUUGCGCCCAAUGGCAUGAUGUUUGUAAAAGCCGAGAUUCGCAAGUCUUUGCUGGCCAAGAUGUUGACCGAGAUUCUGGAGGCGAGAGUCAUGGUCAAGAGUGGCAUGAAGGAAGACAAGGACGACAAAAUGCUACAGCAGCUGCUCAACAACAGACAACUGGCUUUGAAGCUGCUGGCCAACGUGACCUAUGGUUACACCUCUGCCUCGUUCUCCGGCCGCAUGCCGUGCUCCGAAAUCGCCGACAGCAUCGUGCAGACGGCGCGCGAGACCCUCGAGCGAUCCAUUGCCUACAUUCACUCUGUCGAGAAAUGGGGCGCCGAGGUUGUCUACGGCGACACAGACAGUCUCUUCAUCCAUCUAAAGGGCCGCACCAAAGACCAGGCCUUUGACAUUGGCAACGAGAUUGCGCAAGAGAUUUCCCAGAUGAACCCGCGCCCGAUGAAGCUCAAGUUUGAAAAAGUGUACCUCCCGUGCGUGCUGCAGACCAAGAAGCGCUACGUGGGCUACAUGUACGAGACCAAGGACCAGGCCGUCCCUGUCUUUGACGCCAAGGGCAUCGAGACGGUCCGUCGCGACGGCACGCCCGCCGAGCAGAAGAUUGAGGAAAAGGCGCUCCGUCUGCUCUUUGAGACGGCCGACCUGAGCCAGAUCAAGGCCUACUUCCAGGCGCAGUGCACCAAGAUUAUGCGCGGCGCCGUGAGCGUCCAGGAUUUUUGCUUCGCGCGCGAGGUGCGCCUCGGAAGCUACGCGGACAAGGGCCCGCCGCCGGCCGGCGCCCUCAUCAGCGCGCGCAAGAUGCUGCACGACGCGCGCGCCGAGCCGCAGUACGGCGAGCGCGUGCCGUACGUCGUCAUCACCGGCGCGCCCGGCGCCCGCCUCAUUGACCGCUGCGUCGCCCCCGAGGAGCUCCUCGCCAACCCCCACUGGCAGCUCGACGCCGAGUACUACAUUAGCAAGAACCUGAUUCCCCCGCUCGAGCGCCUGUUUAGCCUCGUCGGCGCCAGCGUCCGCCAGUGGUACGACGAGAUGCCCAAGGUCCAGCGCAUCCACCAUACCGCGGCCGCCGCCGGUGGGAAACGCUCCACCCUCGAGUCGUACAUGAAGUCGACGCACUGUCUCGUGUGUGGCGUCAAGUUUCUCCGCGAGGCGGCGGCGGCGGCAGCGGCCGCCACGCCACACGCCGCGGCGCUGUGUCCGCGGUGUCGCGCCGCAGACACGGCGUCGCUGCUCGCGCUGCAGACCAGACUCGCGACAGAUGAAACCAAGUACCAGGAACUGCUCGCCGUCUGCCGCGGCUGCAUGGGCGUGGCGCCGCUCGAUGACGUGCCGUGCGACAGCGGGGACUGUCCCGUGUUUUGGACGCGCAUGCGCCAGCGCACCAAGGUGGCGGGCGAGCGGGCGAAUGCGCUGCCGGUGAUGGGAAGCUUGACGGAGGCGCUGCGGCGCAAGGAUCUAGAGUGGUAG